AAAAACUAUCCCAACAGUAAUCGUACAGAAACGACCAUUAUUGUGUUAUCUUGCAUUGCCUUGGCUUCCUUUUCAUAUCUCGGCCGCUGCUAUCUGUUAGAUAUAAUGUGCCCAGCUUUUUUUCCCCCGCUCGAAGGGAUGUCUUCUGUUUGGAGAACCGACCUGAACAAUCUCGAUAACUAUCAGUCAACUGCGGAGCUCCCAACUUCUGUAGACAUCGCCAUCAUUGGUGCCGGAUACUCUGCAGCAGCAAUUCUCACACAUAUCCUGGCAACAACUCCGGCUGCGAAUAGGCCAUCAAUUCUUGUUCUCGAAGCUCGGCAGUUAUGCUCGGGUGCGACUGGACGAAAUGGUGGUCAGCUGAAGCCAGACUCGUAUAACGCGAUUUCUGGGUAUGCCUCUGAGUACGGGAUAGAAGCCGCGGCAGAAGUUGCGUCAUUUGAAGCCGCAAAUGUUAAAGCUGUCACUGAAUACAUCCAACAAAACAAAGUUGAUUGCGAUUUUGUGCUUACGAGGGCGGUCGAUGUUCAACUUUCCACCGUCAAUCAACAUCACAUCAAGGAAGGGUAUGAUAAGCUUAUUGCUGCUGGACUUGAAACGACCAAGGAUACGUUCAGCAUUGAGGGAAACGAUGCCGAAGUGAUGUCUGGUGUAAAGGGCGCAAAGGGUUGCUUUACAUACACAGCAGGACAUCUCUGGCCCUACAAACUUAUUCAUCAUAUGUUUUCAGAAGCAAUCAGUCAAGGAGUUAAUCUGCAGACUAAUACGCCAGUUCUGUCUGUUUCCGAGACUCAAAAUGCCACUGGUCAAUGGACCUUGAGUACUAGCAGGGGCGAAGUCAGAGCGCGAAAGGUCGUAUUCGCAACAAAUGCCUACACAGGUUCUCUGCUUCCCGAAUACAAAAGCAAGAUCAUUCCAUAUCGCGCUGUAUGCAGUCGGAUCAGAACCCCGGGGCCACAUCCUCUGCUCAAUAAUACCUACGCUCUUCGAUUCUCGGAUUGGAACUUUGACUACUUAAUCCCUCGGUUAGAUGGAAGUAUCAUAGUCGGUGGAGCUCGAGAUGCGUAUAUCAGGUCUGUUGACUCAUGGUAUGGGAACGUCGAUGACACUCAAGUCAUUGAUGAAGCGCGCUCCUAUUUCGAUGACUACAUGCAGAGGCAUUUCCAUGGAUGGGAGGACAGUGGGGCAUAUGUCGAUGAUAUAUGGACUGGAAUCAUGGGGUACUCUUCCGACCGGCUCCCUCGAGUAGGACCUAUACCUGGUCGACCAGGCAUGUUUAUCAUGGGAGGCUUCACUGGCCAUGGUAUGCCGCAAAUCUACCUGUGCGGACAAGCGAUGGCGAAGUUUCUCCUCAAAGACGCUUCAUUCAAGCAGACAGGUUUGCCCCGAUUAUUUGAAGAAACACAGGUUCGUUUAGAAGACCCGAGAGACAGAGUGCUGGAGUUGUAUGCUGCGGUUCUCAAUCCUUCGAAAUUAUAA